AUGAUACCUAGAAACUACCAGCUUGUCCUUGCUUUUGCUUUUGCCAUUCAUGAGAUCAACAAGAAUGAAAAGCUGUUGCCCAAUAUCACACUGGGAUCAAAGAUCUAUGACAAUGUUUUUAAUCCUAAAAGAGCCUUUGGGGCCACUCUGGAUCUUCUCUUCACGGGACAGGGAAGAAAAACAAACUACAAAUGUGACACAGAGAAGAAUCUAAUGGCUGUCAUUGGUGGGCUCACCUCUGAAAACUCCAUCCAGAUGGCCAACAUCUUAAACACGUAUAAGAUUCCACAGCUCAGUUAUGCCACUUUUGACCCUGCACUGAGUGAUAAAACAGAGUUUCCUUCUUUGUUCUGGAUGGCUCCAAACGAAAGUGCUCAGUAUAUUGGAAUCAUUCAGCUCCUAAAUUACUUUGGGUGGAACUGGAUUGACCUCCUUAUCCCAGACAAUGACAAUGGAGAAAGGUUUCUUCGAACUUUCAGUACAACUGUAAUUGAAAAUAGUAUUUGUAUUUCUUCGAUUCACUCCAUGCCCAUAGUGACACAUUAUACAUCAAACGAAGUUCUUCAGAAAUCUCUUACUAGAACUGCAUCAAUGCUCUGGUCCAAGAUGAUUAAUGUGAUUCUAGUCUAUGGUGAUGUCCAGUCUAUGGAGAGUUUACGAAUAAUUAUUGAAAAUUUUGAAUUUCUUCUUCAGCAGCUGCCAAAAAGCGUUUGGAUCAUAAGUGCACAAUGGGAUGUCACAGCUGGAAUCUCUGUUGAAAGAUUCGCAGCAAAAUCCUUUAAUGGCUCCUUGUCUUUUUCCUUCCACACCAAUGUGGUACCAGGAUUUCAGCACUUUCUGGAAAACUUAAAUCCUUAUCAGACUAAUCUUUAUUUUAUUCAUGAGUUCUGGUUCAGUGCAUUUCUCUGUUCAUUUCCGCAAUUUAACAUGCAUUUACCAAACACGGGCAACUGCACUGGGCAGGAGAAGCUGGAGAGUCUUUCUGGAACAAUAUUUGAAAUGGAAAUGUCUGGCCAGAGCUACAGUAUUUACAAUGCAGUCUAUGCUGUAGCACAUGCCCUCCAUGCCAUGCACUCAUUCAGAGCCAAGCAAAGAGCGAUGGGAAAUGGAGACAGAUGGAACCUUCAGAAAGCCCAACCAUGGAUGCUGCUUCCAUUUCUGAGAAACAUCCACUUUAACAACAGUGCUGGAGAAGAAAUAUUUUUUGAUGCAAACGGUGACCUAAUAUCUGGCUAUGAUGUGAUCAACUUGGUCACAUACCCUAAUAAAUCUUUUCAGAAGGUUCAGGUAGGAAGAAUGGACCCUCAGAAUUCUUCAGGCAAAAGAUUCACCAUUAAUGGAAGUGCAAUCACUUGGAAUCCAAAAUUUAUCCAGACUCCCCCUGAUUCCAGAUGUGUUGAGAGCUGCCAGUCUGGCUACUGCAAGAUUGUCCAAGAGGGGAAACAAGAAUGUUGCUAUUACUGUAUUCAAUGUGCCGAGGGAAGUAUUUCAACAGACAUUGAUGCAACGAAAUGUGAGAAGUGCCCAGACAAUCAGUAUCCAAAUAAGAAAAGGAAUCAGUGCAUCCCCAAAAGGAGCACCUACUUAUCCUACGAAGAACCUUUGGGGGCCAUUUUAACUUCUUGUGCCCUAUUGUUUUCUGCAAUCUCAGUUGUGGUGAUGUGGAUCUUCAUUUAUCACUGGAAUACAGCCAUUGUCAAAGCCAACAAUGGGACAAUCACCUGUACUUUGCUCUUCUCCCUACUGCUUUGUUUUUUGUGUUCAUUCCUCUUCCUUGGUAGGCCUGGAAAAGUGUCCUGCACUCUACGGCAAACAGUGUUUGGUAUCCUUUUUACCAUUGUGGUUUCAUGUGUCUUGGCUAAAACAAUUACUGUGAUAUUGGCCUUCAGGGCCACUAAACCAGGAUGUAAAAUAAGGAAAUGGGUAGGGAUGAAACUGGGAUUAUCAGUCAUUAUUUUCUGCUCUCUGAUUCAAAUUGGUAUAUGUGUGGCAUGGCUCGCAGUCUCCCCACCAUUCCCAGAGUCUGACACAUACUCACAGGUGGAUCAGAUCAUGCUGCAAUGCAAUGAGGGCUCUGAUACUAUGUUUUACCUUGUCCUGGGUUACAUGUGGCUUCUGGCCAUCAUCAGCUUCAUUGUGGCCUUCUUUGCUAGGCAGUUGCCAGAUAGCUUUAAUGAAGCCAAGCUGAUCACCUUCAGCAUGUUGAUCUUUUGCUGUGUUUGGGUGUCCUUUGUUCCAAGCUAUCUCAGCACCAAAGGGAAAUAUAUGGUGGCCGUGGAAAUCUGCUCCAUUUUAGCCUCUAGUUUUGGUUUUCUUGGUUUCUUCUUCCUUCCCAAAUGUUAUAUUAUUUUAGCAAAACCUGAACUGAACACAAGAAAGCAGCUGGUCAGUAAAAAAUGGUGA